GAUGGAUGUCAUGGUCACGUCGCGUACCAGAUCAGGUGGGACGCGUAGAACAAACUUGUGGCGAUGCGAUGCUGCCGAGAGAUUCCUGUAGAUUCAGCUGUUUCUGAUCGCGAGAGAGGGGGCAUCCACAUCAUCUCCUUCGUGUGUCUCUGGUCUUUGUUUGCGAAGUUGACGCCAUUUCAACAAAACCAUCGUGAUAAUGUUGCCGCUGCUUGACGACACUACCCUCAAGAUUGAAAACGUCCGCGUGCUGCGCGACGGCAAACUCGUGGACACGUUUCUCUGGGUCGAAAAUGGCAAGAUCAUGAACCCGCAGUCGCGCUACUGGAAGGCCACGUCGUCCCUCGAGUACGGCCCCGGCACGAUCGUCGACGGCAAAGGCAUGAUCGUCGCGCCAGGGUUCGUCGACAUCCAGCUCAACGGGGCGUUCGGACACGACUUCUCGGACGUCGAGUGCACACCGGAGCAGAUCCUCGAAGUGCGGCAGAAGCUGCUGUCCACAGGCGUCACCGCGUUCUGCCCGACCGUGAUUUCGUCUGCCCAGGACACAUACGCCAAGGUGCUGCACAAGUUCAAGCGCACGGACGACGGCCAUAUCGUGCACGGCGCCAACAUGGUCGGGCUCCACUUGGAAGGCCCGUUCAUCAACAAGCAGCGCAAGGGCGCACACAAGGAGGAAGUGCUUGUGGACCCCGAGGAAGGCAUCAAGAGCCUCGACGAGCGCUACGGUGCCGAGUUCCUCUCCCGCGAUCACGUGGCCCUGGUGACGCUGGCCCCAGAGCUGAAGGGCGCCUUGCCCGCCAUCGCAGAGCUGCGACAGCGUGGCAUCACCGUCUCGGCAGGCCAUUCGUCGGCCAACAUCCAACAGGCCGUGGCCGGCGUCGACGCUGGCAUCACCAUGCUUACGCACUUGUUCAACGCGAUGGCGUCGUUUCAUCAUCGAGACCCAGGUCUUGUGGGUCUACUGGGCGAAACUGGCCCCCGUCCAUACUACGGGUUGAUUCUCGAUGGCAUCCAUUCGCACCAUUCGUCGUGUCGGAUUGCACAGGCGUCACAUCCUCAAGGCCUGGUGCUGGUCACCGACUGCAUGGCGGGUAUGGGGCUGCCAGACGCGUCUUAUGAACUGGCGGGGCUCAAAGUCGACGUUAAACACGGGCGCGCGUACCUCCACAACACGACCACCAUCGCCGGCAGCGUGGUCCAAAUGGACUCGUGUAUCCGCACGUUGAUCGAGUUCACCGGCUGCUCGGUCGAGUACGCUUUGGAAACGGCGACGCUGCAUCCAGCGCAGUCGCUUGGCCUGACCACCAAGGGAACCCUCGAAUUCGGCGCGGAUGCUGACUUUGUGCUGCUUAACGACAAGCUCCAAGUGAUUCAAACGUACAUCGCCGGCACGCUCGUGUACGAACGGCCCGAAGCAGAUGACGUGGAGCUCCCGACGGUGAAAUCUUCUUUCCCGGUGGCCAUGACCCAUUUUGAUUUGGACGAUGAUCGAGCGAUGGACAAGGCCGCCGCGUCCGGCCAGCUCCAUCUCGUCCAGCAGAUGCACGCCCGCGGCCGCAGAUGCACAGUCCACGCCAUGGACGGCGCGGCGGCGAAUGGACAUUUGGACGUGGUGACGUUUCUCCAUGCGACCCGCAACGAAGGGUGCACGACCAACGCGAUUGACUUGGCCGCGAGCUAUGGACAUGUAGAUGUGGUUAAGUUCUUGACCGAAAACCGCCAAGAAGGCCGCACGAAUUACGCGUGGAAGGCCGCCAACGAACAUGGCCACCACGACGUGAUUGCGUAUUUGCUGCAACACGGUGAAGGGGAACGAAAGGCGAUCCCUUGAACCAACUAACUCGUAACGUCUGAAUUAAUAUAUAUAUAUAUGAUGUUUAACAUCACAA